CGGAAGUCGUUUUGAUUGCGGAAGUGUACAGAUACUGUAGGCGCUGCAUACCGUAACAAUCUGGUUUAGGGCUCUCUACAUUUUGUCGUGUUUCGAUCCAGUUGUUUGUAAGCCCGUAGGAGCUUCGGUCUACAGCUCGAUCGGAUCCAAACGAGGUCAGAGCUAGAAGAUUUUCAGCAUUAAUCUUCAGAUUGUGCGUUCAGUCUUCCAGGUUGAGCUGCGAUGAUGGCGGACCACGCUGACGUCAGUCUGCAGCCGGAGGAGCGAGUCCGAGCGCUGACCAAGAAGGGCAGCUCAGUGGAGGUACAUGAAGACGUUCCUCCACGCCGCUACUUCCGCUCUGGCAUGGAGAUGAUCCGCAUGGCCAACGUGUACACAGAGGAGGGCAACAUCGAGCACGCCUUCGUCCUUUAUAAUAAAUACAUCACGCUCUUUAUAGAAAAACUUCCAAAACAUCGGGAUUACAAGACGGCUAACAUCCCAGAGAAGAAGGACACGCUAAAGAAACUGAAGGAUAUUGCGUUUCCUCAAGCAGAGGUUCUGAAAAAAGCUCUUCUGAAGAGAUAUGAAGAAGAUUAUGCACACUAUCUUGUCAAAAAGAACGAGGAGGAGGAGGCCAUGGCACAGGAGCAGUCCAGACAGCGAGCGCUCGAUGCGGAGCGGCAGCGCGUGGCCGAGAUGCAGCGGCGGCAGCGGGAGCAGGAGCAGUUCGGUGCCUUUGAGGAGAUGAUCCGCCGCCAGGAGCUGGAGAAGGAGCGCCAGCGGGUGCUCCUGGAGUUUGCCGCCCCUGUUGCGCCUUCCCCUGAUACGCCCCUUAUCCCAGGCAUCCAGGGCCCCUCACCCGUCCCCCCCUCUGCCCCGCAAAGCCCAGGGGACCUCUCCAGCAACCACCAAAACCACCGCCCCCCUGCAGCCAGCAGCGUGCCCGGCUUCGACCGCUCGCUGAAGCCCAGCUCUCUGGUCAGCCCGGGAAACAACAAUACAAUGGUGGAUGCCCUUCGGCAGUUGGCUGUUCCCGCUGAGCUGUGCCGGAGCUUUCUGAGGUUGGCCGAGGCCAACACAAGCCGAGCUGUAGAAACUUGUGGCAUCCUGUGUGGCAAACUGAACAGGAAUGCCUUCACAGUGACCCACGUCAUCGUACCAAAGCAGUGUGGUGGACCGGACUAUUGUGACACAGAAAACGAGGAGGAACUCUUCCUCAUCCAGGACCAGUAUGAUCUCAUUACCCUGGGAUGGAUACAUACCCACCCCACACAGACCGCCUUCCUGUCCAGUGUGGACCUCCACACACACUGCUCCUACCAGAUGAUGCUGCCGGAGGCCAUCGCCAUCGUCUGCUCACCCAAGUUUAAUGAAAUCGGCUACUUCAGGUUGACAGAUCGAGGAACAGAGGAGAUCUCUACAUGUAAACAGAAAGGAUUUCACCCUCACAGCAAAGACCCCCCUCUAUUUACACACGCCGCACACGUCAACAUCACAGACAACACCGUGUCCAUGUUGGAUUUGCGGUGAUCUUUUUUUUUUUCUCCGUUUCCACCAGAACACUCACAGACUGUUUUUAUCAAGCUGCAGACAUUUAACUGGAGAAAACACUCAUAUUGUUGGUUUAAGGACGGUACUGAGUAAACACCCGCCUCGUGUUUAACAUUUAUAUGGACUUUGAUUGUUCUCAAAGGGAACAACUUUUUUUUUUUUUUUUUUUUGCUCUUUAAGAAAAGAAUCAGUUUAUUGUUGCACUUUCUAAGCAAACACCUUCUAUCUGCUUCAGGACCAGCGAUCCUGCAGCUCUUCAAGCCCUCUGUUUGUCAAUGUGUGCUCAUGUUCCUUAUGGUUUCUUUUUUUUUUUUGCCAUUAUAAUAAAAAAAAAUUGUGUGUGACGUGUCCGGUAACCCAACCUUUGUUUUAUAUUUAUCAUUAAAGUUUGGUUCUGCCUGACUGAAAAAGUGCCAAGGAAGAGAACAUUCACCUGUUGUUUGUUGUUCAUUGUGCAUCAUGAAGUUGAGUGUGAAGUCCUGGUUGUUCUGUUCACUUUUUGUGUUCCCCUGAUAAGCUGCUGAAGUGCUCUGAGUGAUGAGAGAAACGGCAGCCAGUUGUUACUCAGGUUUGCAGGCAGAGUUGCUUCUCUGUAUUAUAUUUUUAUAUAUGAACACUUUCACUCCGCAGUAUCCUUUAUCCAAGAAAGGACAUUGUUGAUGUUUAAUCCCUGCUUAUGAAGGAUACAAUGCUUACAUGGUUUUAUUACCUUCUUGUUUCUUUAUAUUUUUGGGGGGGAAAUGGGUUGUUAGUACCUUAAAAUGUGCUCAUGUUUCAGAGAGGACUUGUGUGCAACAGGAAAUCUGAAUGUACCUUCUGCUACACUUUUCUAACUACCCGGCCAUGUUAAGCUUCUCACAGUUUCUGUUUGCGCCCUUCUCUUGUUCAAACAAGUAAAUGAUUAGCCAUAAAUGUGAGAACACCUUCAAAGAAUCAAAUGCCAAGAAAAAUAAAUUCAUUGUAGAUUC